UAACCGGUUUACUUAAAUGGUUUGAGUUGAGUUAACUUUUAGGUUUUACAGUGUUGGUCUGAUAACAUGUGCCACAAAUGCAAACUGUAAGUUGCUUUGGAUAAAAGAAUCUGCCAAAUGCAUACAUGUAAAAUUAAAAUAGUACUAUUACAUUCCCCUGAGCCAUGGCUGGUUUCUUUGUGGAGCUUUUCAAAUCAACUUUUUAUUCAUACUGAGCUAUGUUGGUCGCACAAGUUGAACAGGUCCUUAUAGUUUAUCAUUUCUUUUUUGAUAACAUAACACUGACUUUGUUCUGUCUUGUGUUGAAUACAGAAGAAUGUGACUUAUCCUGUUCAAAAACUGGAUGUUCACCUCGAUAUAUAAAGGGCACACGCACUAAUGCCAUUGAAGUUGUUUCAGAAACUAAGACACUGUUUCAGACCCAAGUAGACCACACAUCUCUCUUUACAUCUGUUACUGGAGCAUUUUUAAAAGAGUAUCUUCAUGGCUUCAAAACUGUCUUUUCAUCUUACGUGUCCAGUAUGUUUGUGCUUCUUCAAUGAUCCAACAAUAUUGCCAUGUGAGCAUAAUUUCUGCCGCCAAUGUAUUAUGACUUAUUUGGACUCAGGUGCUACCACUUGCCCGGAAUGCAGACAACAUUUUAGAAAACAGGAUCUGAAAGGAAACCGAACUCUGAGAAACCUUGUGGAAGAUGUCCAGCAAAAACAGAAGACAAUCAAAGUGAAAGACCUGCGACAGACAUCCAGGAAUGGGCACGAGAUGUUAUGCUCCGAUCACGAGGAACCUCUCAAACUGUUUUGUGAGGAUGAUCAGAGGUUGGUUUGCCUCAUCUGCAGAGAGGGAGAGAAACACAGCGGACACAGUUUCAAGCCUGUUAAAGAGGCUAUGAAGGAAUAUGAGAAUGUGGCGAUACAAGCACAGAGCUUCUUUUCUGAUGAAAACAAGCAAGUGGGUGACAUGAUCUUUAAUCAGACCCAUGAAAUCACAAAAUCUAAGGAAAGGUUAAAAUAUCUUGAGGAAAGAAUGCAUGCUCAGUUUAAGAAAAUGCACGACUUUUUGAGGGAAAAGGAGAAAAAGAUAAUGAAGGAGCUCCAGGAGGCGGCAAACAGCGCUGAGACCACAAUGAAGCAAAAUGCAUCAAUUUUGGGAGAGCUACAAAUAAAUUGUAACAAACAGAUAUCAAUUUUGGAGUCAGGACUAAAGAUUAGCCAACCUGAGGGGUUUUUGCAGUGGUGGAGUGAAGAAGGUUUUCUUUUGGUUAAGGGAAUCACCCUCAGUGAGAAUAAAGACAUCAAGUCAGCUUUGCAAGCUACGUCAAGACUUAAAAGCAAUCAAGUGAUUUCUGACCACUUCACCAUUGGCCCUUAUGAAACUGACCUGCCACUAAUUGUAUGGAGAGACAUGCUAGACUUUGUUAAAGAGGGCAUGAAUACAUCUACAAUCGACAAAGACCUGAAAUUGUCUAUCAGAAAAGACGGCCAUCUGCAGUUUGAAGGCCAAGAGUACUUUGCCAGAAAUCAGAAGUUUCACAAUGGAUAUAAAGACAACUAUGUGGAGAAUAUUCAAACUGGUCAGGUGUACUGGGAAGUUGACACAGGAACUGAACCAGGGUGGGAACACGGACUUACAGUUAGAUACUAUCCAAAAGACAAGAAUGCUUCUUUCCUAAGGACAUUAUUGUCUUAUAAAAGUUAUGAGAAAUUAUCUCUUUUGGUAAAAGAUAACAGUCUGUAUGCUGUCAGAGGUGAUGAGGAAACCUUACUUGUCAACCAGGUUAUUCCAAGGAGAGUUGGAGUUUAUAUAGAUUGUGAGAGACGACAGGUUGUAUAUUGCAAUGCAGACAAUAUGUCUCUCAUUCACACAGUGUGGUGUGCAGAUAAAUAGGUUUAAGGAUCUAAAAAAUGAAUUAAACAUUUAAGCUUUAACCCAAUUCAAAGACUGUGAACUCUGAAGGCUGCAUGCCAAGAGCGAUUGCAUCAUAGCAGUGCGAUUUGUAAGGUCGGCCCGUCCUAAUGCCAAGGCUACUUAAAAUGCAGGCUCAAAAUGUAUCCUUCUUUCCUCAAGCCAUGAAGGACAGAACUAUUUGAUCCUUAACAGUCUAGGCUAUCCCAAAAAUCAUUGGGCACCUGUAAGGUAUGGAUAUAACAUCUUGAUAUUUAAAAAAUAAACAUUUAAAACCUAUGUUAAAUAAAGGUGUGUAUUUUUCCAGAAAAAGGUCAUUGUUACUUUUUAGUAUUAUAAAUUAUGUUUGUAUCAAUAUUAUUGCUGCAAUACUAUUUAGUGUUUUACUUUUGUAUAUUUCUAAGGUUGGUUAAUUUGAUUUACUGUUGGUCAUAUUUAUUUUUAGUAAGUCAGAAACAUCUCUGCUGUAUCCCACUGAAAGGGAACAGCAGGUGAUGCAUCUAUCCUUUAAAAACCAAGUCCUCGCAUUUGAAGGAUGUGUCCAUCAAAGGAUGGAAUUGGAACACAGGCCUUUGAAUUGGGACACAGCUUUAGUGCACCUCUGCUUAAAAUUAUAAGACGCAUUCAUAUUGCCAGUGGAUGUGCAAAAAUGGUUUCAUAAAGUUGAUCUAUUGUUUACAUUUAAAUUGAUAAAGUCAUGUUAACCCAUAAAGCAUUAUAGUACAGCAGUAUAACUGGUUAUCAAUUUGCAACAUGAUAUCAUAUGUCACACUGGGUAACCUUACUUAACCCAGAAAAUGUUAUAAUGUAUAAAAAUUCAAUUUGACCCAACAAUGGGUUGAGACAACCAAGGCUUUGAACAGGUUCACGGAACGAAAACCAGAAACUUUUGAUGUUUUGUUUUGCAAGGAACAGAAACUAAACCAGAAACUUUCAAAAAAUAUAUGUUCCGGAACAGAAA